AUGUCGGAUUCGUCAUUCACUAUUCGCACACAUCGUGCAUCACUCUCCAAAAAAGAAAUCCGUGAGAAAGUAGCUCAACUCUACAAAACAACACCUGAUUUGGUCUUCUGCUUCGGUUUCAAUACCAAUUUCGGUGGUGGCAAAUCAAGUGGAUUCGCACUUAUCUAUGAUACACUCGAUUUCGCCAAGAAAUUCGAACCACGUUACCGUCUUGCACGUCAAGGUGUUGUCGAACCAAAGAAGACCGCCCGAAAACAACGUAAAGAACGUAAGAACCGUAUGAAGAAAGUACGUGGUACAAAGAAAGCUGCUGUCAAAGAUGCCAAGAAAAAAUAA